CAGUAGGUACUCUGAAAUAAAAAACGAACCACCUGCUGACCCGGGGAGGGCGUUAGUAGCUAGAAACGUGGACAGUUGGUAAUCCCAGAAGAAGAAGACGCAACUACCUGAAACAACAUGCAACACUGAUGACAUUUUUCAUCUAUUGAAGGACAUUGUCUCAAGGUUUAAAACAGUGAAUGGACUGGGCAAGUCAAGCCUUAAGAAAAAGCUGGACUUCUUGUUGUGUUGUAGGCUAUGAGUGUGGGUGAUGGAGGACAAUGAAUGUGGGGACUUGGACUCCCUGAUCCAAGAUGAGGACACCUUCAUUGAGGGUGUUAGCAACCAGGUCUUAUUUGUUGUGGUGCUCAGUAUCACCUUCCUUGCAGGCAUCCUCACUCUGCUCUGCAGAGAAGAGGAGCAGAACAUUCAUCCUGAGAAUCAAGAGCAUGUGCGAGCAGUGAGACAACAGCUCCAAACAGAGCAGGAUGAAAAUUCACAGUCGGAGGCCAGGCAACAGUAUUACACAGACAUGUCUUGUCCUGUGUGUUUACAGCAGGCUGUACUGCCUGUAGAAACCAAUUGCGGACACCUUUUCUGUGGCUCCUGCAUUAUAGCCUACUGGAGGUAUGGCACAUGGCUGGGUGCUAUUCACUGUCCCAUCUGCAGACAAAUGGUUACGCUGCUUUUUCCACUGUUCCAUGAGAACGCCGCUCCUCAGAGGGUCCAGGAUGGUGAGGCAGAACCUCAGCUGAUAUUAAGAGAUAUUAACGAUUACAACCGCAGGUUCUCAGGCCAGCCAAGAUCUUACAUGGACAGGCUGCGCGAUGUGCCCACCCUGCUUCGCCAUGCCUUCAGGGAGAUGUUCUCUAUGGGUGGCCUCUUCUGGAUGUUUCGGAUUCGAAUUAUUCUCUGCCUAGUGGGAGCACUCACCUACCUGGCAUCGCCGCUCGACAUCAUCCCCGAGGCGCUUUUUGGUUUGCUGGGAUUCAUGGACGACUUCUUUGUGAUCCUACUUCUCUUUGUGUACAUCUCGAUCAUGUACAGAGAGGUGGUUACACAGAGACUGUAUGGAUAGGUGCUCAAGAGACGCCUUGGCUUGGUGCAGGAAGAGUGAACGCAGCAUCUGACUACACAUGUAUUGACUGAACAAAAAAAAAGCUUGGUCUCUCAGAAAGGUUUUCUUUGAAGCCUGGGCUGGUUUUUCCUCACUGGAGAGGAGUUAACAAACAGAACUCUGGAUAUUGACUCUGUACAUAGAAUUCUACAGUAAAUGGUUCAUAGAGCUAAUGACAUCAAAGUGAAAAAACAUCAACUUAAGGGACUGAAUGAAGACAUUGCCAAAAGUUGUUUCAGAUUAUUGUACAUUGUACUAAUGGAAACAACUGUGUAACAUAAUGUGAUCUUUGAUUUACUGUAUUAAUGGCAGUGUCUUGAUUAUAUCGCAUUUAAAGUUUGCUGUCAGGGUCCAGAUUUCCGUCUGUGAGCAGAAUUUGUGUUUUUAAAACAUUGUACAGUGGCUCUUACAGGCUCCUCUGUCAAUUAAACUGCUAAUGCACUUGAUUAAGUAAUCUGUGACUGCUAUGCAUUUUCAUAAUGACUUGAAUAACACAGAUGUCCAUGCAUGUGUGAAAAUCACUGGAUCAUGUUACUUCCAAUUGUUUACAUUUAUUGAUGAAAGUGGAACCUGAAUCUGAGCCAACUGACCAUGCAUAAAAACAUUUUUCAAGACAUAAAAAGUAAUCCCAUAAGAAGAAUGCAAACCAAAAUAAUCAAAGACAAAUUAAAGGGCAUUGAAUGUAAA